UAUCAACAACUCGUCUUCAUUGCGUACUGAAUUUUGCGGAAGUGGUUCAAGGAAAAGGGUGUGGUCACCAGUGUUGCGGUUUAGUAUACUUUGGCUAGAUCUACUGUACUCGAACUCUAGCAAGCUAGCUAGCUAGCUCAGCCAUCUAUCAAACUUAAUUUCAAUCACAAGUCAACUGCUGCAAAACUAUGUCCAAGUCUGGAGCUAGCUGUCACCUGGAUGUACCUAGUUCUUGUCCUGUCUGUGGCAAUGAUACCGCUGUAAUAGAAACUCAAAUGUUGCUGGCAAUAGGGCAAAGCAAAGGGACUUUCCAUAAACCAGUUGGCAGAGAGACAAAUAUAUCUCUGCAUCUCUGCUACUUCUGUCUGUUAUUUUUGCAGUGGCCUUGUAGCCAGCCAGGUUAUAGCAACUUUAGAAUUGCUUCAUUGGAGAAGUACUGAUAGACAACUUAUAUCCAAACAGCUAGCUAAGUAGACAUAAAAUUGAUACUGCAACUGUACAGCUAUACUCACAUAAAAUCAAUUAUAAUAAAAUUUAUGCAAUAUUGUGGUUUAGAUAUCUCCCACGCAUUCAUGCACACACUACAUUCCAAGCAUUCCUUUGGGACGAGUCGUUGAUAGUUACCUGGCCAGUCUCUUUCCCUAAAGAAAGGGGCGUGGUUUCCAGUCUAGCAUCAAAGUAAACAAAGACCAAGAAGCCAACCGUAAAAGCUAUUACUAUAAAAGCUAUUGGUAUAUAACUGUUUCAAUAGUGCCAACAUUUUAGCAUGAGAAAGUAUUCACAGUCUACACAGCUGGUGGCUAUUGGCAGUGUACUGUUCACUGUACUCUGGACUUUGUUUCUGGUGCAGAAGUUGUAUAGCGACAACACGGCGUUGCCUGCGCCUAUAUCUGCAAAUCCAGUUACAGAGAAGGAAAAUCUUCCAAACUGUAUGCAACUGAGGGAGGAAAAUCCCUACCCGACUAGUGGAGAACCUCUCAGUGGAAAGAAUUUUUGUGAAGCAUUCACAGGAACAAACCGUACAGACUGUGUUUAUCUUCAUCCAGAGAUAUUUCACUAUGUCCUAUUUACAAACAAUCCGAAAGACAGCAUAUUGGGUUUUCGAGAGUUUUUGUCAAUAUAUUCAGUGGAUAAGUUUUAUAAGCCAGAGAAGAUUGUCAUACACUGUAGCCAAUCGAUCACUGGCAAGUAUUGGGAGAUUGUGCAGAAGUUGACUACUCCUAUUGAGAUGAGACUGACGGAUCGAAUAACCACUGUUGGCAAGAAACAGAAACCAGCAUUUAUUUCCCAUGAAGCAGACUAUCUAAAAAUCAAAUCUGGCUUCAGAGACGGGGGCAUUUAUUCUGAUUUUGAUGUUGUCAUCCUCAAUGGUUCAAAAUUGCGUGAAAUGCAACGACAAUCAGAGAUAGUGAUUGGCAGAGACAACCAAGAGUGUAGCAGAACUUGUGCCGGAUUUUUUUCAAGUGUUCCCGGCUCACCAUUUAUGGGGAAAUGGUUGGACAGUUACGAGAAUAACUACAGUCCUGGAUGGAUAUACAAUGCAGGAGAUGUGCCAGCUCGAAUGCUACACCAUUGCCCAGAAUGUCAUCGUGACAUAACUGUUGAUUAUCGUAUAAGUAAUUGGAAUGACGCUAGGGAUAAAAACUGGUUGAAGGAAGGAGGGCUUGAGUGGAGGCAAAAAGCAGUGGCUCACUAUAUGAACACGGGGUUUAUGAAACCAUUAAAACCACCUAAAGAAUUACUUAGUAUGUCGACUCCAUUCUCAGAGAUGGUGAAGUUUGUACUAGGCGACACAAUCAACGAUUUUAUCAUAUAACUUAUAACAGGUAUAUUAUUUAUUCUAGCCAGCAAUUGAACUGUGUGCAUUCAACAUAAACAUUUUUUACGACAAUACUUGACAAUACUUUUAGUAUACUAGUCUCGCACCAGCCCCAGUUUUUCGACUUAACGUUCCAAUAGAAAACAUUCGGGGCUGGUAUGACUAAAUAAUACCUGGCAACUGAAUAGAUUGAUUUUUGUUAAUCAUGUAUAUAGUCAAUUAUGUCAUCUUUUUGUAAUAGAAUUGCUGUUUUAUAUAGACAAUGAUUUAUGAAAAGAGUGCAUGCAUAAUACAAAUUAUGUUGAUGUGUACAAGCUAGGUGUUUAAUUACUUAAUGUUAUGCAAUAUUUACUAGGUUCAUAGUUUAAUGAGUUUGUGGUAAAUGUGUUGUUUUGUUCAA